UUUUGAGGUUGUAAAGGCAGCCGAUUUGCAUUAAAUAUUUCUAGAAAAUUCAUGCUUCUGUGUUUCCCUAUGAAGCUGACAAUGGUUUUCUUUCUGUGAUAUUAGAACGAACCUGUGUUUCCUGCACUGAUCUUCAGCGGCAUGGCAAAACAACUAUAUUUUACCCAAGUUUUGAAUGGUGACAGCAGUGUUUUGGAAGCUGGGCCAGGUGUAUGUGUCCAAAUGGAUGUGGGAGGGGCCUCAAGCAGCUUCUCAUUUCCCUGGCAAAUACUGUCACCAGUUCCCUUUUCUUGUCAAACAGCUUCUAGAGAUUAUAUAGCAGAAAUGGAAUGUGUUGGAGUCGCUAUGUUUCUGCUCAUGUUCACCUUUUUUCUAAUCUUUCCCGGUACGGAAUCUAAAUGCACUGAAUGCGUUUCACUGCAGCCCACACAGCAUGGCAAAGUGGGGGACUCGAUGCUCCUCAAAGUUGAGACUCAUUUUGAUGUCCAGAAUGUGAUGUUCCAGGGGUCCUGGUGCAAGAUUAAGCCUAAUAACACUCUUUUGGUCACUUUCGACAACAUAAAAGCCAUCCUAAAUCUGCGCCUAACGAACCGUCUGGAACUCAGUUUGCCUGAUAUCUCACUCAAAUUUGAGCGUCUAUAUGAGGACACACAGGGAGAAUAUGAGCUGCAGAUCAACAUCAUCUUCCCAGGAAUUCCCAGUCCAGUUGCUAUCACAAAAAGAGUGACAGUCACAGUCAGCGUGCCUGUGUCCAUGCCCGUUAUUAAUAAGACCCCAGAAUCAGAACUGGUGGAAGACAGGGACAAUGUGACGCUGACAUGUUCUGUUGAACAUGGGACAAAUGUUCAGUACAAAUGGCUAAAAAACAACAUGGUGAUUGGUCGCAGUGAGCGGCAUACAUUCUCACAAGAUUAUGGGACACUUGUUAUUAACCCUAUCAAGAAAGAAGAUAUCGGUCAGUACAUUUGUGAGGCCCAAAACCACAUUAGCAGUAACCUAAGCAAACCGGCUGAACUCAUUGUUUUCUAUGGGCCUUAUAACCUGGCAGUAAAUUCUGAACAAGGUCUGAAAACUGAAGGGGUGUUCAUGGUGAACUCGGAAGAACUGGUCUUUUUUGAGUGCAUUGCGGACUCCAACCCUCCCAACACCUGCGUCUGGAUCUCUAAGACGAAGAACAGCACAGAGGUUCUCAUGAUUGGACCACGGUUUGAAGUGAAGCCGUAUGAAUUAACACAGGGUAAAGAGUUCUUGUGCAGGGCAUUCAACAAUAUGACUAAGAAGCAGGACGAGACCAAGUUCACACUGUUGAUGACCACUGGCAAAGGAAAAGCAAAAUAUAGCCAGGAAGGGAGCGCGCUGUCUUCAUUGACUUUCAUUACAAUCUCUUCAGUCAUCAUCAUAGUGUGUAUGAUGUUUGUGCUCCUAAGAAAGAGCUGCCAUCCAAGAAGAAUGAUAAAGACUAUCUACAGGCGGCCAAUGACAGAGCAGAGAGGACUGCACCGCUCUGGUCAUGAAGAUGCGACUGAAGACUUUGGCAUUUAUGAAUUUGUCUCUGUACCUGGGAAAAUGGACUCAACACAGGCAUCCUGCAGGUCUCUGACACGGCUGGAUUCAGUCAAAGAUUUGCAUACCACCAUCUAUGAUGUCAUCAAACAUGUGCCUGAAACUCCAACACUGAGUCUUUUGAAAUGAGAGAGGUGGAUGGUCAUGACCGCACGGAUGUAAAGAUGAAAGGAGUUUCACUAUUUUUUUUCCUGCCAGUUUUUCUCUCUACAGUCACACAUUUUGUUUUACGCACUUCUUUUGUUUUACACACUGUAAAAAGUGCUAAGUUGACUUAACUUAAAAAAAUCGAGGAAACCCGUUGCCUUAAAAUUAUUAAGUAAAUAAUAAUUAAAAAAAAAAAAGUUAAGUGAACUUGACAAUUCACUUAACUUAUUUUUUUAAUUAUCAUUUCCUCGAUUGUUUUAAGUUAAGUCAACUUAGCACUUUUUACAGUGCAGUUAUUCGUUUUUAUACUACUUGAGGUCUGAAAAUCAUACAUUUAUAAACUUGUGCUGAGCACUGAAGUUUUUAUUGUCUUAAAAAGAAUAUAUAAGAGAACUAUGAGAUUUUUUUCUGUAGCAACAUGCUUAAUGAAAAGCUGAGAGUAUUUAUAUAUAAAUACGGUCGUCAUCUAACGUUGUUGUUGUUGUUUCUGCGUUAUGAAUGUAAAUAUGAUGUAUGCAUUUUGUAUAUGAAUCUGUAUUUUUUUUGCACACUAACAGCGUAUUCUGUAAUAUUGCUCAUUACAUUUUCAAGAUGCCACAUGCCCGUUCUAUAUAUUUCACGGGUAGCAGUUUGUUGAAUGUAAAACAGACAUCUUCUAUCUGUUUUGUUUUCUAUGUGUUGCACCUGCACCUGUUCAAACCAGUUUAAACACAGAUGGAUGCUCCAUAAUUUGAAAAUAAAGGUUUUACAAAUAUU